AUGCCCCGAACACAUACAAAAUCGUGGGUCUUGGCGGGCCCACACAAACGUGCCAGUAUACAGACACCUGACGAGACGGGAGGCUUCAUGUUUCAGAAGACAGGCAUCGGCGAGAGUUCGUGCAGCUCCAUGCUUGAAGCAGACAGUCGAGACUCAUGCAUCGGCGAGGAUGCCAAAGUGGUGUGCAAUGGAGCCGCAGAAGGCCGAAUCUCUGAAGGCGUUUGCUGUUCUGGGCUCGUCUCCCGGCGAUCUGUCAUGAUGGGCAUUCUGGUCCGGCAGAGCAUCCGCUUUUCGCAGAGUCCCUGGAUCGGCCUUGGCUGCUGCCCGAAGCGGAUGGCGUGGGAAGACGGCGCUCGCCACUUCGAGGUUGGUUGGUGGCAAGCGGGUGCUGAUGCACGUGGAUGGUGGAUGAUGAAGGGUCCGCCGACUGCACCACUUCGCCCACCUUCGAACCUCCACCCGAUCGUGGUCAGCACAGAAUAUCCACACUGCACUGCUUCAUGUCCACGGUCACGGUCACGCUCACGGUCUCCACAUCCACGUCCACGUCCAUGUAGCAGCGCCCGGAGCUCUUUGCUGGCUUCCCAAUGUACAUGUCCGAUAUCAUCUGGACAUCUUGAUCCUGCAUACGGCGCAUGCCAUCGUCGAUGCUACCCUAGCCCGUCCUCCUCACAUUCGUUUGGACACAGACCAUCAAGCAUGGACUUGCAGACCAUACCAGCACCACAUUUUCACCCACAACACCCCCAUCCUCACUGGUCCUACAGCAGCAACAACAACGCGGCCCUCGUCCCGAUUGCGGAGGAGAACGCGCACCUCGUCGACGUCAAGACCGAAUACACCCAUUCAGAAGACAGCCACAGCAGCAACGACGCCCCGUCGCCCGACACCAAUCUCCCUCCCAAUAAGCGCGCUCGCAUCAACUAUCGAUAUGAGUGCGAUGCGUGUGGCACUACCUACACCGAGAAGAGAGCUCUAGCUCGUCACCGUCACACCGACAUGCACAGACGACGGCUCGGCUUGCAGCCAGAUAAGAGACAUCUAUGCCUCAAGUGUGGCAGGUCGUUUGGCCGCAACCACGACUUGCAGAGACAUCGCAGAGAGCAGCAUGGUGAGGCUACUGGCGCCAAUCCCAUCGACUUGUCUUCCGCUGCAUCCGACGCCAGCGAACAUAGGUCGCUGUCGUCUGACGAGAGCGGGAAGUCCAUGUCCGGAUACUCCAUGGCAUCAACCAUGACCGCCAUGACGAUUCCCGAUGAGCUUCCUCCGCCAUCUCACCUUCGAAGUACCAGGUCACUGGCAGACAUUCGAAAGCCUGGCGAGAGCAAGAGUAGUCGGAGUGGUAGCAUGGACUGGUCGCAUACUCCUAUCAAGUUGGAAGCCUCACCUCCACAGACUACAAUCACGCCAUGGCCUGGUGAGCCUGCAGAAGAGGAGUACACCUACCAAGUCCCCAUGGAGCCACCCACCAAGAAGACAAACAAACAUCCAAGGAGGCACUCAAGUGCAAGCCUCCGAGCGGAGAAGCCACCUCCCCCUCCCACUGUCAGCAUCUCUCCACCUGAAUCCGUCUCUAGCCGGCCGUCUUCCUCAAGCCGCAGUCGUCAAACAUCAAGCCGCCCCACAUUAUCCACCGAGUCCCCUCGCGAUUCGAAUGUGGCGAACGAUGUAAUCGAGCGAGUGCUGAACCCCAAACCCAAACCCCAGAAGCUACGCGAGACUGUGGUCAAGAGCGCAAUACCCACUGAACCCCGAGAUGUGGAGUCAUGGUUGUCGUCGGAACCGAAGAUGUGUGUUAUAUGUGGAAACCCAUUCGAAGACGACGAGACCUUGCUGGAUCAUUUGCAGUUGCAUCUGGAAACAUUCAAGGGAAAACACAAGUGCAAGAAAUGCCAGGUGGGCUUCGAUCACGAAGAAGAUCUGCAGAAACACCUCGACUCGGCAGCCCGAGGCCAUUGCGGCUUCAACUUCGAGCACGAAACUCCUUGCACAGGGCAUCAUCCUCCAUCCAAGGAAGGCCAUGAAAGCAGGCUCUCUGACCCAGACUGCUUCCGUCUGUGGCACCAGCUGAGAAACUGGGAGCAAGCUCAGCUUCAGGCCUAUAUCGUUGAUGUCAACGAACUUAUGGCUGCUCGAGACCGCCACCGGAAGAAUCGCUGGUCCGUAGAUGCGCUCUUCCGUAACAGCAAACGCAACUCAUCUCAUUCCCUUUCGAGCUUUGCCAUCAGCGUCAACACGUACGCUUCGGCUCCAUGCGACGAGACCAAUGGCAAUAUGGACAUCAAUGGCCUCCAGAAGCGCCUGAAGAUGAUGUCUCUCAAGAAUGUUGGAGCAAACGUCAAGCAUAUGUGGGGAGGAGGCAAGUACCACCCAACCAAGCCUCUUCCUCCGCCCGCAGCAAUCUAUGACAAGACGCUUUAUCGCGCUGUCCACAGAGGCGAUCUCAGGAGAGCUGAGGAACUAUUGAAUUCUGGAGAAGCGGAUCCGUCCUUCCUCGGACAUGCGGACGGCACAUUGACUGCCGCGGCACUUUGGAAUCAUUCAGAGAUCCAAAGCUUAGUCGUUGCACACCGACUUACCGAAGACAUGCAAGGUUCGUGCGAUGUCUGCCGCAUGAAUUCCGCCGUCUUCCAGAAGGGCAACAACAAAAUCAAAGCUCUGCUUUCGCAUGGCGCUAGCGUGUCUGGCGAGGGCGGACUCUGUGGCUUUCCCAUCCUUUCGGCCGCUUGGCUAUGCAACGACGAAGUCGUGAAGAUGCUCAUACACAAAGGAGCGCUGGUGAAUCAAAGAGACAAAGACGGUAGAUUUGGAUCACCACUUGCCAUAGCUGCGAGUCAAGCCGGUCACCCGGGCAGCUUGGAGGUCGUCGAGGUUCUCCUCAACGCCGGCGCGAAUUCGGACAUCGGCGGAGCAGAGGGCACACCGCUGGAACUUGUCAAGAAGAGGAAGGAGUUUUGGGAGCAGCGCGCAGGCGAGAGGCUGCAGCUGUGCCCAGAAGAAGUGAGCGUGAGAGUGGAGAGCUACGAUGAGAGAGAGAGAGGCUUUAUACCCCCCAUGGUACGACCUGAGAAUUGGCGGAAGCACACAAAAUCGGCACAACAGAACGAUCGGACUCCGGGAUACUGGAAAGAGAGAGAUCUGGAACAUUUCUUUCUUGACAAGGCGCUUCAGCGAGACUCGCGAGGAUUUUGCGAUCAUAUACCUACUGCGUACAGUCCAUCGAGUACACUCCCACCAUUCGUCAGUCACCGAAAAAGUUCAAACCUAAUUAUUUCUACUACUUGUCACGGAUUCGGAAUUCCUUACUUUUCUACCUUGGGUACUUUGACUCAAAUAUACUGGAGGGGGGGAGGGGAGGGGGGGUUGAUUAAGUUCCAGUGCUACAGUCUCAGAGUUAGAGUCAGAGUCAGCUCUUGUGGGUUUCCUGGCCUGGGCAGUAAUGGAGAAUUUUUGGAAAAAAACGGGUUGGAGGGAGGAAGAUAUCUAGUUGGAGACUUGGAAUUCGUAACAUGGUAUGCAUGUCGGCGAGUUUUCUGA